GGCGGAAGACGGCCGUGGAGGGAUUUUUCUUAGACGAGAUUUCUGUUAUAUGCAAUGAGAGGCCAGAUGCAAAGUCAACCUGCUGGAGGGAAACGACCAUCUGAUAACCGUAAUUCUAUGCAACAAAAAAGUGACUAUGGUCACAUAACUAGUAAAAAGAAAAAGAAACUAGCCGACAAAAUUCUCCCACGAGACUUAUUGGUUCCUGAGAGUCAAGCAUACAUGGACUUACUAGCUUUUGAACGAAAACUUGACACCACAAUAAUGCGUAAACGUCUAGACAUACAAGAAGCUUUGAAAAGGCCCAUGAAACAAAAACGCAAAUUAAGGAUAUUUAUUUCCAACACGUUUUAUCCUGCCAAAGAACCCUGUCCUGAUGGACCAAACGGGCCUGGAGCAGAAAGACUGGUUGCUUCUUGGGAACUGACAGUUGAGGGAAGGCUACUGGAUGAUUCAAAAAAUGACCCGAAUAAAGUAAAAAGGAAAUUUUCGUCAUUCUUCAAAUCAUUGGUCAUUGAAUUGGAUAAGGAGCUCUACGGCCCUGAUAACCAUUUAGUUGAAUGGCACCGACCACUUACAACACAAGAAACAGAUGGUUUCCAGGUCAAGAGGCUAGGUGAUAAAAAUGUCCGAUGUACGAUACUUCUGCUUUUGGAUUACCAGCCUUUGCAAUUUAAACUCGAUCCUAGGCUUGCCAGGCUACUGGGAGUACAUACGCAAACCCGGCCAGUUAUUAUUUCUGCUUUGUGGCAGUAUAUCAAAACCCACAAGUAAGUCAGCUAUUUGUUAUUGGAACUGUCUAGAGUCCCGAACGCGGGAUCGCUAGAAAAACGGAAAAGGCGUGGCUUAAAUAACUGUGUUCGGGACUUUCCAUAAAUAAUUUAAUCCCGACUUCGGGACCAUUGUAACAA